AUAAUAAAUAGCCCCGCACUACAGCCAGCUGAUAGCAAAAUUUGGCGUAAAUCCCGCUAGCUGAUUAUCACUGCACUCCCCGUGGAUUCCCGUGUGAAUGUCACUGUCCGCCGAUUCCCAUCCCACUGGCCACUGUAUGCCAUCACUAUAACCAUCAUCCUACCGAUCCGAUCCGCCGUGUGAAUUAAGCAACUGCGUGAACCGAGCCCAAUGACAACGAUGCACCGCCGCCUUUUUGGAGCGAGGGAAUAUCUAGAAUCUGGAUGCAAGUGACAAGCGGUGACCAGAAUCGUAGCACUCGAAAUCGAGGCACUUAAAACCAAAUCGAAAUCCUGACCAGCCACGCGACAGGAUGAAGCUGCUGGGCAAAUACGUGGACAAGGGCAUGCAGGGAAAUGUAACCCUGAUGCCCGAAGAGUCCGAGGACAUGUGGCACGCCUACAAUUUAAUAGCCGAAGGCGACAGCGUGCGCAGCACCACCAUUCGCAAGGUGCAAAAUGAAACGGCCACCGGUUCCUCGACCAGCAGUCGGGUGCGCACCACUUUAACCAUCGCCGUGGAAAGCAUAGAUUUCGACACGCAGGCUUGUGUCCUUCGAUUAAAGGGCAGGAACAUCGAGGAGAACCAGUACGUCAAGAUGGGCGCCUACCACACCCUCGACUUGGAGCUGAAUCGCAAGUUCGAGCUGCGAAAACCCGAAUGGGACACCAUCGCCCUCGAGCGCAUAGAAAUGGCCUGCGAUCCCACACAGUCGGCGGAUGUGGCUGCCGUUGUGAUGCAGGAGGGAUUGGCCCACGUCUGCCUGAUUACCGCCAGCAUGACGCUGGUGCGGAGUAAGAUCGAGGUCUCUAUUCCACGCAAACGCAAAGGCAACGUUCAGCAGCAUGAAAAAGGACUAGCAAAGUUCUACGAGCAGGUUAUGCAGAGCAUCAUUCGGCAUGUCAACUUCGAUGUGGUCAAGUGUGUGUUGAUUGCCUCGCCGGGAUUUGUGAGGGAUCAGUUCUACGACUACAUGUUCCAGCAGGCGGUCAAGAUGGACUACAAGCUACUUUUGGAUAACAAAAGCAAGUUUAUGUUGGUGCACGCUUCUUCCGGAUUUAAGCACUCCUUGAAGGAGGUUCUCCAAGAUCCCGCUGUGCUGGCCAAGAUGUCGGACACCAAGGCCGCUGGCGAGGUCAAGGUGCUGGAGCAAUUCUACAUGAUGCUGCAAUGCGAGCCCGCCAAAGCUUUCUACGGCAAGAAACACGUCCUCCAAGCUGCCGAAUCCCAGGCCAUUGAAACGCUGCUCAUCUCGGACAACCUCUUUAGAUGUCAAGAUGUCAAUCUUAGAAAGGAAUAUGUAAACUUGGUUGAAUCGGUUCGGGACGCUGGAGGCGAAGUGAAAAUAUUUUCCAGCAUGCACAUCUCAGGAGAACAACUUUCUCAACUGACUGGAAUUGCGGCCCUCCUGCGUUUUCCGAUGCCCGAACUGGAGGACAGCGACGACGAUGAUGACGAGGACGGAGCGGCGGGCGGAGGAGAUAGCGAUAGCGACUAGGAUGAUAUAUAGGAUGUAAUCACAAUGGAAGCUCGUUGGAAUCUUGGCAUUUGUUAACGGAAUUAACUGACUUAGGAACUCAACUAGCGAUCGAUAUACAAGUAGACUAAUAGCAACCACGACAGACUUGGACUGCGUCAGGGCAUAUACAAUAUAUACUAUAUAUAGUGCUAAUUCGAUACAAUAUACACACAACGUACUCUUUAAGUUUCCCCGUGGCUGGGCCUAGAAAUUCGUAGUCAGAAUCCCACCAUUUUCUGGACUGAAAAAGCCACUGAAAAUAAUAUUAUAUAUAUAUUGAUAGCUUUGAUAACAAAUGAUUUACUGCUUGAUUUAUCCCUUCAUAGAAAUUGAGUUGCUGUUGACAGCCGCGUUUAAGGUUAUUGUCAAUUAUUUUAUUACAAUUGUAUCCCUCCUUCUGCACUUAAAUUCAUUGUUCAUUAUGUUGUAGAGUGCAAACUAGAGUUUAUAAAAAUAUACUUCCGAAAUAUAUUUGAUUUAAUAUUUGAAAUUCUGAUUGUUUAAAGAACAGAUUUUUAUUAUCUUCAGAAGUUAGCUCCCUCAAUGUUGUUGAACUUUAUGAGAAGUGUAAUUAUCUUUUACGGUGUAAACAUAACGUUUUGUUGAACUUUAAUAGUUGAUGCAAAUUGUAAUUAUUUUCCCAUGCUGUAAAAUACCUAAUCCUUCCGAACAAAUUGUAAAAUAAAACUAUUUCAAAUUUGAUUUAACUGUA